AUGUCCCUCCCGCGGCCCCAAGACGUACGUGAAGCAGACGAGACGGAACAAGUCAAGGUCCUGGACCUCCUGUUCGAACCGAGCCCAGCCAUUCACUCGAGUCUCAUCCCUAUUUUGAAGAAUGCCGAGUAUACAUCUUAUUCAGAACUCAUCGACGCCUGCAAAUCCAAGCUCUUCUCACUCGCCACAUCCAGCUCAUCAAGCAACCCUGAUCCUGCUCUCCUAUCCAUCCUGGGAUCACACCCACGGCUAGGGGCUAAGAAGGUGGACUCAGCACAAUCAGCGGCAGAGCAGGCCAAUCUUCAGGGUGAAGGCGAGGAAUUGGCAAAGCUCAACAAGGAGUAUGAAGAAAAGUUCCCUGGCCUGCGGUAUGUCGUCUUUGUGAAUGGUCGAGGGAGGCCCGAGAUCAUGGAGGACAUGCGGACCAGGAUUGCAAGAGGGGACUUUGCCAAGGAAGUUGACGCCGCGUUACAGGCCAUGUGCGACAUCGCCAAGGACAGAGCGUCCAAACUUGGCGUAAAACAGUAA